AUGGGUACUGGGAUAUUGGGUCGUGCUUUCUUUCAAGCAUAUCGACAAGCACUUGCAAAUGCGUCUAAAACUGGCGUUGCGCAGGAAGCAAUGCAGAAUGCUGUUCGUAAAGGAGCAAAAGCCAUUAACGAGCAAGAGGCUAGGCAGAUUCUCGGUGUAACCGAGCAGACCUCUUGGGAAGAGAUAUUACAGAAAUACGACAAACUGUUUGAGAACAACGCGAAAGCUGGGAGCUUUUACCUCCAAUCUAAAGUUCAUCGAGCCAAAGAAUGUCUAGAAGUUGUAUACAGGAGCAAAGCCAACGGUACACCUAGUUAA